AUGGCGCUGCUAUUACGACACUUCUUCCCCAAGAACCCAUCCUUUGGGUACGAGGCCCUGCGAGCCGCCGGGUAUGCCAACUGCGGCGGCGCAGACAUUGCCGAAGUCAUUGCCAUUUGCUCUCGCAUCAAGUCCGGCGACGAGGACGGCUGGCUUCGCGAAUGGAGGCAAGCCGCCGAUCGUGCCGUCGCCAAUGCCAAAACGAGCCUAACCAAGGGUAACGUCCCCGGGGCCAGGGAUGCCUUUCUGCGUGCCUCGAACUACUACCGGACGGCCGAGUUCUACCGACGGGAGGACCCUUUCGACGACGACCUGUCCAAGGAGCUCGCAGGCCUCAGCACCCAGGCGUUUUACUCUGCGGCGGAGCUCAUGGCGCAUGCGACGGAGAGGGUCAGCAUACCUUACGAGAGGACCACACUGGCGGGCACACUGAUGCGCCCAGAUAAGAGCGACAAGCCAAGGCCAACAAUCAUCGUCAACGGCGGCUUCGAUUCGACGCGAGAGGAACUUGGCUACGCAGUCGCAGCAGCGGCCCUCGAUCUGGGCUUCAACGUGCUCACCUUUGACGGGCCGGGACAGGGCGAAACGCUGCGCGAGCAGCGACUAUACUUCAGAGCGGACUGGGAAAAGGUCAUCACACCGGUUGUAGACUUCACCGUAUCCCAACCAUGGUCGGACAACAACAAGCUCGUCAUCCUGGGCGUUAGUAUGGGCGGCUACCUGGUAGCACGCGCCGCCGCAUUCGAGCACCGCGCCGCCGCGAUCAUCGUCAACGACGGCGUGUACGACUUUGGCAGCGCCUUCCGCAACGAGACGCCCGCCAUCGGGAAGCUCCUCAUCCGGCACGGCUGGGACGGCACCAUGAACACGCUCAUCCGACUGUACAUGCGCUGGGACACGGGGUUCAAAUGGGGCGUCCUGAACGGCAAGUGGGUGUUUGGCGUGGGCUCCGAGGUCGACGUGCUGCGCGCCGUCGAGGGCUACACGCUGGAGGGGCUGGUGGACCGGAUCAAGACGCCGAUGCUGGUGCUUGACGCGCCGGACGACCACUUCUUGAAGGGGCAGCCGAAGGAGCUGUUUGACCGGUUGUCGUGCGAAAAGGAGUUUGUGGGAUUGACGAGGGAGGAGGGGGCGAGUGCGCACUGCCAUAUGGGAUCCGGGUCGCGGUUGAACCAGGUCAUGUUUGACUACUUGCUGCCGCGCUUGGGCUUGUCGAAGUCUUUGUAG